AUGUGUCGGCUAGAAGAACCUCGACAUCUGAUAAGAUUACCAGCUUUUAGUUCCAACUUCACUUUCGAUGUUAGCGCGUACGAAAUACCGAAAGAUCCAGCAAGCACAAUAAUCACACCCCGCCAUCAUUUUGGCGGUAUGAAUGAGAUUCGUCAUUUAGCUUCUUCAGAAACUGGAGUUCCAACACGGGAUUUGUUCGAGUACUGUAGCUAUGAAUAUGGCACUUUGUUCGUAAUUGUUGCUUAUGUUGGAUAUGAAUGGAAUUCAGCAGAGAGGAAGAAAUCAAAAAGAUUGAUGGCUGGUCGACGUACGGGAUCGUAUGGUUAUCAACAAACAGAAGGACUUUCAGGCGCUGAAUAUUUGGCUUCUAUUUAUGGCACUGAAAAAGACAAAGUUAAUUGUUCAUUCUAUUUUAAGAUCGGUGCCUGUCGUCAUGGUGAUAAGUGUUCACGAACUCAUCAUCGGCCAACAUUUUCGCCUACCGUUUUACUUCAGAAUUUUUACCACAACCCGAUUGUUGACGUACGCCAAGCAGAUGCUUUCGACAAGGUUGGGAAGAAGAAUGACGAGGAGCAAGCUUAUUUCGAUGAGUUCUAUGAAGAAGUAUUCACUGAACUGGAAAGGAAGUAUGGUGAAAUAGAUGAGAUGAAUGUUUGUGAAAAUAUCGGCGAACAUAUGAUCGGUAAUGUUUAUGUGAAAUUCAUGCGGGAAGAAGAUGCUGAAAAGGCGGUGAAGGAUCUUGAAAAUCGUUGGUAAGUUAGGGAAGUAAUUAUACCCUAACAGUCAUACAUUCGUAAGUCCCCGCAUUGCAUGUUUCAGGUUGUCAUGUAGAUUCUGUGGCAUCGUGAAAAUUUUGUUUUUUUUCAUGUUUUGAUUUUUGGACCCGGAUUUUGAGCACUUUUUUAAGGAGGCCGAGAAAGUGGAGUAGUUUAUGAAAGUUCUUUCUGAAUUCCUGAAUAGGGUAAGGAGUUGCAUAAGUGUACUCUUGUAAACCGUUCUCCUAUCGAAAACUCAUGCUCAACUUGUUUAGAUUCUCAACGUCGCUCUGUCAGCAGUACCUGGCGAAUCCAAAUUAAAUGGCUUAUUGCUACAGCAGCAAUCUUACCAAUCAUUCUUUUAGAUAUUGCAUCUGAUUCAAUUAUAUUUAGAUUCAUAACACAAAUUCUGUAGUCAAAAGUGCAACUUCUUAAGCAGUCUUCUCUCCGGAAAGCAGUACUGUGUUCUGGAUCGGCCAGGAAUAUGUAAAUUUAAUGAAAUUUCAAGAAUUUAGUAAUCAACAGAAGCACUUCUUCAUUCCUUAGCAUCACUAACUUAAUCCUAAUUUAGAUAUUUCUCAUACAUUCCCUGAUGCGAUGACGAUCCCUCGAAAGGUUUAACGGACAGCCGAUAUACGCAGAGCUUUCACCAGUAACAGAUUUUCGAGAGUCGCGUUGCCGUCAGCAUGAAGUGACCACAUGUUAUAAAGGUGGAUUCUGCAAUUUCAUGCAUCUGAAAGCGAUCAGUCCGGAGUUGGGGGAAAAGCUUUUUGGUCGCAGAGGUCGUUAUGCAGAUGAAGCAGGCCACUAUCCGAGCGCUAAACGCGGUCGUCGACGUGAACGGUCACCGCGUGAUCGAUCCCGUGAUGACUGGCGAGAGAGGGAACAUGGUCGACGAUACUAAUGUACAUGCAUUUUUUUCUUUGUUCUUUAACUGAUAUUGGUUAUUAUUGUUUUACAUUUCAUGCAGUUUUAGAUGUAAUGAUUAUUCCGAGAGCGAGGAAUAUCGUGACAUCUGUAAAUUUGACUUUAAGUAGUUCUUGUGGGUUUAUUUGCUACUUUAUCAUGUUCCAAAUUCCUUACACUUUUUCUUAGUAAAUGUCUCCAUGAAGUUUAAUCCGCAUAGGAAACACUGAAUUUAUUGAGACACCUUUUUUAAUCUCUGAAUUCGGUGUGUUUGAUGUGUAUCUCUCGAAAUAUUUCGAAGCUUUUUUCUAAAUAUCUAUAAUAAUGCCAAAACCAGUUAAUCCCUCCGCUUUACAAGAAAAGAGAAAAUUCUAUUUUCCAGCUUGAGGUUAAGCCACAGAACUUUUUAAAGCUUUGAUACUGCUUGGUCCUUUCUCGUGGAUGGAUUACUGGUUGUUAUUGAUUUUUAAGCGACUGAUACUGGUAUUAUGCUUAUGUUGUUAUCAGUUUUAGCUGUGAGAGCUAAUAACCGCAUUCCUACAUACUUUAACUUUCUGUAUUAUAUUUUCCAAAUAAUGAAUGCUGC